CAACCCGAAGCGACGUUGUUCCUGUGUCUCCGCCCCCAAGCGCUGAAGGACGGGCAAUGGCCGGAGUGCUGAAGAAGACUACUGGGCUUGUGGGACUUGCUGUCUCUGAGGCUCCACAUGAGCGUCUGAGGAUAUUGUAUACAAAAAUUCUUGCUGCUCUGCAGAACAUGCCCAGAGAUGCAGCCUACAGGACCUAUACAGAGAAGAUUGUAAAUGAGCGGUUUGAGCUCAUAAAAACAGAGCCUGAUGUGCAAAAACUAGAAAAUAAAAUAAAUUGUGGACAGAUAGAAGAAGUGAUUUUGCAGGCUGAAAGUGAGCUCUCCCUAGCUCGGAAAAUGGUGCAGUGGCGGCCAUGGGAGCCUUUAGUUGAAGAAGCUCCUGCUGAUCAGUGGAAGUGGCCCGUGUAGUCUUCACUGGUUUCUAACUUCUGGAGUGGAAAACUACUUCAUUAAAUGUGUACUGAAUGUGGACGAAAAUUGUCUUUAAUUUAAAUGCAAUAAUAUUUUUUGCCUUCUUCAAUAUUAAUUGGGAUAUCACUCUAAAUGUUCCACAGAGUAAAGUGGGGUCUGUGUAAUUUAUUUGUUUUUCUUAAAUACUCAGCAGUAAACUCUCCUUCAAGUGG